GCUGCCUGCUUCCAGCUUGGCUUGGAUGUGCAACCUUAAUAAAACUCACUGAGGUCUGGGAGAAAAUAGCAGAUCUGCUGCAGAUAGGGUAGAGGAAAGGGACUAGAAUAUGUACUCGCAGCUGACUCGGGCAGGCUCCACGCUGAACGGUUACACAGAGAGGAAACAAUAAAUCUAAGCUACUAUUGCAAUAAAUAUCUCAAGUUUUAACGAAGGAAACUAUCAUUACAGUAAUUUUUUUUAAGUAACGCGUUUUAGAACAAAGCUAACAAAUGGCUAGUUUUCUGUGGAUCUUCUUCAAAUGCUUUCUUUAACGGGGAGAGCGUCAAACAAGCAGUUUUACCUGAAAUAAAGAACUAGUUUAAAGGUCAGAAGAGAGGAGCAAGCUUUGCAGGAGGCACGGAAGGCGAGUGCUGGCACUACAAUGACAGUUUUCCUUUCCUUUGCAUUCUUCGCUGCCAUUCUGACUCACAUAGGGUGCAGCAACCAGCGCCGGAGUCCAGAAAACGGAGGGAGAAGAUAUAACCGGAUUCAACAUGGGCAAUGUGCCUACACUUUCAUUCUUCCAGAACACGACGGGAACUGCCGUGAGAGUGCGACAGAGCAGUAUAACACCAACGCUCUGCAAAGGGAUGCUCCACACGUGGAGACGGAUUUCUCUUCCCAGAAACUUCAGCAUCUGGAGCAUGUGAUGGAAAAUUAUACUCAGUGGCUGCAAAAACUUGAGAAUUACAUUGUGGAAAAUAUGAAGUCGGAGAUGGCCCAGAUACAACAGAAUGCGGUUCAAAACCACACGGCCACCAUGCUUGAGAUAGGAACCAGCCUCUUGUCUCAGACUGCAGAGCAGACCCGAAAGCUGACAGAUGUUGAGACCCAGGUACUAAAUCAAACAUCCCGUCUUGAAAUCCAACUGCUGGAGAAUUCAUUAUCAACAUACAAGCUAGAGAAACAGCUUCUCCAACAGACAAAUGAAAUUCUGAAGAUUCAGGAAAAAAACAGUUUAUUAGAGCAUAAAAUCCUAGAAAUGGAGGGAAAACACAAGGAAGAGCUGGAUACCUUGAAGGAGGAGAAAGAAAACCUUCAAGGCUUGGUGACUCGUCAGACAUUCAUCAUCCAGGAAUUGGAGAAGCAACUUAGCAGAGCUACCAACAACAACAGUGUCCUGCAGAAGCAACAACUGGAGCUCAUGGACACGGUCCAUAACCUUGUCAGCCUUUGCACAAAAGAAGGUGUUUUGCUAAAGGGAGGAAAAAGAGAAGAAGAGAAACCAUUUCGAGACUGUGCAGAUGUAUAUCAAGCUGGUUUUAAUAAGAGUGGAAUCUACACUAUUUAUUUUAAUAAUAUGCCAGAACCCAAAAAGGUAUUUUGCAAUAUGGAUGUGAAUGGGGGAGGAUGGACAGUAAUACAACACCGUGAGGAUGGAAGCCUAGAUUUCCAGAGGGGCUGGAAGGAGUAUAAAAUGGGUUUUGGGAAUCCCUCUGGUGAAUAUUGGCUUGGGAACGAGUUCAUUUUUGCAAUAACCAGUCAGAGGCAGUACAUGCUGAGGAUCGAGCUGAUGGACUGGGAAGGGAACCGAGCCUACUCACAGUACGACAGAUUCCACAUAGGAAACGAGAAGCAGAACUACAGGUUAUAUUUAAAGGGUCACACGGGGACAGCAGGCAAACAGAGCAGCUUGAUCUUACACGGUGCUGAUUUCAGCACAAAGGACGCUGAUAACGACAACUGUAUGUGCAAAUGCGCCCUCAUGCUAACAGGAGGUUGGUGGUUUGAUGCCUGUGGCCCUUCAAAUCUAAACGGAAUGUUCUACACUGCGGGGCAAAACCAUGGAAAACUGAAUGGGAUAAAGUGGCACUACUUCAAAGGACCCAGUUACUCCUUACGUUCCACAACCAUGAUGAUCCGGCCCUUGGACUUCUGAAGGCGCUAGGCCAGUAUAACC